GUCAGAACACACACCUUGCGUCCUCCUCCAAAAAAAGAAGCGCGGCCGCCUUGUCCUGAGAAUGCUCAGAAGUGAACAAGCCAAAAUCAAGAUGUAGCAGCGUGUUCUCCUAAAAUGCCAUCUUUGCAGCAGGCUGUUGUGGCGGGUUCAUUCUUUGGACAGCUGUCGUUUGAAUGAGAUUGCAUUGACAUGUUUCUGCCGUCCAAAGUCGUUUCCAAUAGCGGUCAUCCGCCAAAAGCGUCCCUAAGGGCACCACUUGAGGAGGAUAUUUUUUUUGAUUUCCGACGAGAGAGCACAGAGAGACUUCGGUUGAGGUUCUUUCGUGCGCGUUGAUCGAUUCUCGAAGCUGAAAAAUGGCCUCAAGUUCUUCUACGGCGCCUCGCGUCAAUAUCGACGACCUGACAGCGAUGCGGAACGAAGCACUCGGCAAGCUCGACAAGGAGGGACAAAAAGCGUGUCGUGCGAUAGACGAACGUGCGAAGGCUAAAAAGGAGGGGUUGAUGCGGCAGAAUGAGACGGAUAAGAAACACGCCGCCCUUCAGGUAUUUUGGUGCUGUUGUCUCGUUGUUGUUCUGCUAUGCAGAACGAAUGUAUCAGUCACUACGCUUCGCAAUGAUGAGAACUUCAUUAUCGUAUUCGUACUGUCCGAUUGAGAGCGGCCCUCUUCUGGGCCCUCUCAGCGGUGACGAUAACUUCAUCCAACACCCUUUACCUGACACGAACGUACUAACGAUCACACCUCGUCAUGAUGAAACUUCAUUAUCGUAUUCGUACUGUCCGAUUGAGAGCGGCCCUCUUCAGGGCCCUCUCAGCGGUGACGAUAACUUCAUCCAACACCCUUUACCUGACAUGAGGCUUUAAUAAAGCACGAAACUUGUCGUGCGAAGAUCAUACACCAUACCAAGCUGGGGGAUCGAUCCUACUAGGGUAAAUUGUUGAUGAUGUGCAACUAUUUCUUUUGUCCUCUUUCUCUUCAUCAGGUAGACGCCAAGCUUCGCGCUGACGAGCUUGAGCUCGACAAAAGAAAGCAAGAUCAGAUUGCGCAUCUACAGAAGCACGCAACAGACAAAAAGGUAUUUGCGGCAAGUAGAUCUGUGAAGCUUUAUUUGUAGUUCUGUCAGUUUCAGCAUUGCAACAAUCAUGCCCCCGGUCUUGCAAAUGUGACACUGUCCUAGUUCAACUGCAACCGGUGCGCCACCAUGGCCAGACAAAAGAAAACAUACACAGGAAGCGAUAGAAGCGCGCGCCGCGAAGGUGGCGAAUGAGUAUGCCGAACACAAGGCCGACACGCAGCUCGGCGAGGUCGACAUAGCAGGAAUAGCGGAGAGCUCGAUCGCAGAAAUUCGACGGAAAUACAAAGCAUCCGAACCACCGGACGACGACUAGUAGUGGUCCUCGCCGCUUGAGAGGUCGAUUCGGACCGCGGGGCCUCCGCAGGAAUGCUUGCAGCACGUCUUGCAGCACGAGGAGCCUAGUCAUUCUUGAAAUAUGCGAGUCAGAUUUGCAGGACAGAAAACGCUUAGAAAGCAAAAUAGGUCUGUUCGUUGGCGGCCCGAGUCUUCGCGACAGUCGCGGUUCUGAGUUCCUAAUCUGGCGACUUGCCUCCACUUAAGCAAUGCUCGAUAU